GAACCAUCCAGAAAGUCUAACAUUCCAGCUUUGAGAAGCGACAAGACGUCCUCGACAACCCUUCAAGUUCCAAUGAAAUGAAGUUUUCACAGUGUAUGUUAAGCCAUCCAUCAAUGUUUAGACAGGUGACACUGGCCAGAUGACAACAUCGCCCUUGUAACUCCCGAGUCACUUUGACAUACAAGCAAAAUCACCAUCGCCUAGAAAUCUGCGCGCGCGAGAGUCGUGAUAUUGCUGGGAGGACUAUGAUAGGGAUUCAUAUCACCAUGUGCAGCGUUCACUCACCACUGGAGUCUCGGUAUGCAGGCAUCGUGUAUCGCUCCCUCGACCAGCGUCUUCUGCAUCUGCCACUCCAAGAGGUCGACGUGAGAGUAUGGAUGGUCGACGUCUCUGCGAAAGUCGUACUCUAUCAAAUUUUCGAGAAUGAGUCAGAGAGCCCUACAAGCCGCGCAAAAUACGUGUUCCCUCUUCCCGCAAAUGCCGCAAUUUGUGCCUUUGAGCUCGAACAUGCCGAUGGGCGCGUUAUAACCGGUGUUACAAAAGAGAAGUCAGAAGCCGCAGAAGCUUUUCACGGUGCGAUGGAUGCCGGAAUGUCUGCGGGACCAGUAGAAAUAUUCACGCUUUCAGUUGGCUCGAUCCCCGCCCGGCAGAAGGUCACAGCAAGAUUGACAUUUGUGAUGAAUCUUUUCGAUGAGGCAAGACAAGAUCAUAUCUGUCUACGGCUUCCAAUGACCAUUGCUAAACGAUAUGGCGAGAGUCCAGCAGCCUUGCUCAAUGCACCCACAACUAAUGAAAGGACGCGUGUUCAUAUCACUGUGGACGUCCAAACCAGCGAUGUGAUACGGGACAUACGUAGCCCUACUCACCGGAUUUCUCCCCUACGGUACAGGAAACACGCAUCAACAAAGUCUGAACGACGGAUGACCGCAAGGUGGUCAUCUACAACGUUCCUAGAUCGAGACUUCGUGCUGACGGUACACGCUCUUGGACUUAAUGAGCCUCGGUGUUUCGCCGAAGUCCACCCCCAGCGUGCGGAUACCAUUGCCAUGCAGCUCUCUUUCGUACCGAAGUUCGAGAUGCCUCGCAUUGCACCACAAGAAUACAUAUUCGUUAUUAAUCGCAGUUCGAGCAUGAUCGGAGCCCCGAUGGAAACAACUAAGCGCACGUUGGCAAUGCUCCUUCACCUCUUGCCAGACUCGGAUACGACCUUCAAUAUCUUCAGCGAGGUUGAUGGUAUGUGGGAGACGAGUAUGCCAUUCAACGAAAGGAACAUGCAGUACGCGAUAUCGAAUGUACAAGCCAUACAAACCAACAAUAGCGGAACGGAAUUUGCCCACAUCCUGCAGCUUGCGGUCGCAUCUCGUGAUCGCAAUCGCCCGACUAUCAUAUUCGCUCUUACUGGUGGCGUACAUCCUGGAGUGAAGCCCCUUGGGAUGUUUGCGAGGUGUCGUAGAGUGGUCACACAAGUCUUAUCCAGAGUCAAGCGCUUGAAGCCGUCGUCCGACUCGAAUUCAUCCACAAAUCCCGAUCCAUUCGAGGUUGUCUCAGCGGCUGUCGAUAGUUGCAGCCCAAAUGCGCCAUUGAAGCUAUUCACCCUCUGGAUCGGUGAACAUGUCGCAUCGGCCGCGUGCGAGCGCCUCGCUCGCUCGAGCGGGGGUGAAUGUUUGCUUGCAGUUGAAGCUGAAGACAUGAUUAGGAAGUGUGCAAGGCUUCUGACCGCUGGUCGGACGGGCGUAAUCGAGAGUGUCGUGGUUGAUUGGCAUGGUUCUGGCAACCCACCAGCCAUCAACUUCUUACCCUCGAAUUACUGUCACUCGCUUCCACUCAGUCACGUAGUGCAGCCGGAGCCGCUGUCUCCGAUACAGCAAGUUCCACAUAGGAUCACGAAGAUAUUCCCCGAGAUGCGCUUGAAUGUCUUUGCAAUCACCACCUUUAGAUCGAUCCCUCCUGAAAUCAGGUUGCGUGUCAAGGUUGAAGGUUUGGCUGGGGUCCUCGAGCUCGCGGUACCGGUCACGGCAGUUAAACAACCGUUCAAGGAUGAAUUUCCGCUCCUCCAUACUUUGGCGGCACAAGAACUCAUUAAGCACCUGGCAGAGGGUAGAAUACCACUUCCGAGGCCUGUGGCGCCUACCACGAAUGAGGAAGUUCGAAAGACGGCAAUUGUCCAAUUAGGACUCGAGUACCAGCUGGCGAGCCAGUACACAUCCUUUGUUACCGAGUCCCGACGUGAGAUGGAGGGGAGCAGGCUACACCGGACGGCGUCACUAGAAAGGUCUCUGCGGCAGCAUUAUUACGCAUUCCCACCUAGCAUCACGAGUGACGCUCCUGAAGAUUAUGCUUUGAGAAUGGAUGCGCCUAUGGUGCAGACGGUUUUGGACAACUUGUCUUGGGUGGUCGAUGCAGUGUUCGACUUUUUCACCCCAGAUGCUGCUCUGACACACUCGAGACGCCAAAGCUGGCUUCCUGACACAUAUUAUUCCACCACACAAUCACGUUCGAGCUUGUUGUCUAGUCAGGGCGCACGUCCGUUUCACCACGAUAACUCGAGCACGGAUACAUUCUCCACGUUGAGUUCAUUGGAAGGCUCUUCCACCAACUCUCAAUGGACCCAUUCUCGAUCGUCCAGCCCAUUACGUCCUUCGGCAGAUUCGAUCCAGCGCAUCCCAUCGCCAGUCUUCGGUCCAACACGCAACGCGCUUCUGAGGGCACGACGUGCAGUAGUGUCCGACUCUCGCCCACUACCCGUGCUCAAGAGAGUGUACGCUCUUAUCUUGCUGCAGGGCUAUAACGGCUCAUUCACGCCGUCGCCUCAAUUGGAGGCGCUUGUUGGCGCUGAAAUCCUAGAAAGGGCGGCAGAUUUACAGGUCAAUGAGAAUGUAUGGGCGACUGCUGUUGUUGUGGCGUACCUGAGGCAUCACCUGGGUGCGCAACCGGAUUUUUUGCAUGUUUUGCUGAGCAAGCCUCUGGAGUAUGUCGAAGGAAAGGGAAAGAGAUUGCUGACCGGACGAGAAUUUUCAGACUUGGUGGCAAUUGCGGGACGUUCUGUAGGUUAG